CCAAAUUCUAUUUUGUUUUUUGUUUAAUUUCUUUCAAAUAAUUUCUCUUUACUUGUAUGAACUUCCUGUUUUUCCACUUACAUGUGAAAAUUUUGAAUCGUUUUUAUUUCUAAAUAAUCUUCGGUCAUUCGCCGAAAUUUAGAUUUAGUUGGACGUGAGUUUAAGGUAAUUUUCUUUUCCUCUGUUUUUCUUGGUAACCAAACGUGCGAACAGAACCUAAUCGAACGUAACAGUCUGUGCUCGGUUCAGUCCUUUAAGUUCGAAGGAGAAAACUAAUCACGGCAAUAGUGUGUGCAUUCGUGGCGUCGACUCUGAAACUUUCAUUUUCGAGGUCUUAUUUCAUCACAAUAUCUUCUUACAUGUAUGCGCAUAUGUCUCACGCAGUGUAUUUGACUGUACAUGUUAACUGUGGGUAAAUCUAGUGAUUUUUUUCAUGAAAUAUGGCAAGAUGAGAAGGAUGAAGAUUUUAAGUUCAGCUUUGACAGAGUGCUCUAUGAGAAUUCUGAGCAGGCUGAUGUUUACGAAUUUCUAGCUCUGCAUAUUAUUCGAGAUUGGUUAUGCAAAUUCUGGAAUUUGGAGACUGAAAUUGGAUUUUUGGUGACACUUGGCCAGUAUGUGAAAAUAUUUUCUGUAGGAUCUGACUGUUGGCUUAACGAGCAAUUUAUGUGCAAAUUCUGGAAUUUGGAGAUUAGAGUUGCAUUAGACCUAAAAUCCAACUCAACGUCUUUGAAACACGCUCUGCUCUCCAGUUCAGUUCCAGUUUGUAUGGUCAAACCACAUCGAUUCAACGACUUCAAAAUGUGGAAAAGAGAAUUGUAAGGGUUUUGGUACUCGCAAGAGGAGUCAUGGAGAUUAGAAAUUUGGAAUUUGAGCUUGGGUGUUGGCUGAUGCCCUUUGUUUGCUGGCUGAUGGGAUUCUGCCUAUGGAGUCUUGGAGAUAGUCAGUGUGGCCCCCUGCUGUGAACCCUGAUCCGACUACUUUUCUUGUUGCACUUUCUGCUUGGGUGUAUUUUGGUUUUGCUGCACUUUUUGCUUUUGUUGGAAUUUUAAAUCCUGCUGUUGCAUCCCAUGUUGCUGUUGUGCUGCACUUUCUGCUUGGGAAUGUUUUGGUCUUGUUGCUCUGUCUGUCUUCUUUUUCUGUUCUUUUUGGAAACUCUAAUCCUGGUGCUGCUUCCUCUGGUUGCUGCUUGCUGCAAUUUUUGCUUGGGAGUGUUUGGUUUUGUUGCACUUUCUUCUCUUGCUGGAACUUUAAUCCUGUUGGUGCAUCCCUUGUUGUUUUGUUAUACUCUUUGUUGUCUUGCUUGCUCUUGGAGGGCUGUUUGGAAUCUAUGAACUUAAUUUAUUUGUUUUUCUUUAGUUUGGUUGUUUUGUCUCUUCUUGAACUCUAUCUUCGAAUCUCCUUAGAUGGUUAAUCAAGGGGAGUUGUUUCCCCCCUUGUGAUAUCCUUUUCCUCUUCUGCUUGGGGUUGUGUCCUUCGGGUUGAGGGUUGGGCUUGUCCUUGCUCUCUUGUUUGUAAUUUGUAUAGAUUUCUGCUUGUUUCUUGUCCUUUUGGUUUGCAACAAGGUGAGCUCUAGUCGUUUCCCCAGUCUAGCUAGGUCCUUUUGUUAAUAUUAUGCUUAAUUACUGAAAGAAAAAAAUUUAAUUAUUACGUUUAUAGAUUUAGACUAUUUUGUUAAUAUUUAUUAUUAGUUACUUUGUUAAAG